GAGGUGCUGUUGAAAAAGCUUUAGCGAAGCCCUCCCUGGGCACACACCCUGGAGUAGUGUGGAAAGUCCGAGUCCAGCUGUGGAAGGAGCGAACAAGUUGCUUGGAAACACGCUUUGAUUUUCUGGCUGAGAUUUCCUUGUGAUUUCUGAAGAAAGGGCCUUGCACUGCGCUCAGUUCAGCUAAAGGAUAGAGAGAGGGGAUUUUUCGAAACUUUAAAUAAAAACAAUGAUUUCCUCUGGAGGGCAGUACUACAGUCUUUGCGGAACUGAAGGUCUUUUCCUGAAGUUUAAAAUAUUCUUUGCUAUUAUCUGGUUUCACAUGGUUCUGGUUACAUCCCAGCAAGAUCAAAUAAAUUUCAAGCUUUCCCCUCCUCCUACAGCAAGUACUGAUAAUUCCACUUCAUCAGCUGGAACAACUCUUGCUGCUGAUGCCUCCAUUAUGACCUUAAUCACAUCCCCCAAUGGUACUCCAGAGGUGGCAGAAGUUGAAACAACAAGCCUUGAUGGUACCUCAAAUGUAUUAUCCACUCUAAGCAGAGCAGAAAAAUCUAAAAUCACUAUAUUUAAAACCUCCAAUACAUCAGGAGUAAAAUCUCACAGUAACAUCUGCAAUUUGUCAUCUGUCUGCAGUGAUUCAGUGUUCUAUAGGGGUGAAAUGAUAUUUGAAGACCAUGAAGAUAGCAAUAUUACCCAGAAUAACCAGGAUGCAGUCAAUGACACUUUAAUUGAAGACCUACCAUUAAACAAAACAAAAUUUUCAGAAUUUGACAAAACAUUGAAAAGCCUAAGUGAGUCUUAUUUUAUAGCAUGCGAUACACAGAAUCAAAGCACAUCAAAUUGCACAUUCACAAUAAAAGUGAAUAUGACAGUGAACAUCUGCCCCUUGCUGUUUACCUCAAAGAGAAUAGAGAUUCAUCAGAUCGAACAGUGCUGUUGCUCCUUCAAGGCACAUUGCCCUUCGAGUCCCAAAGAAUUAAAAGAAUUGCAAUGUGCUCUACAAGACCUCGUCGUCUGUCGUGAUGAUACCAGUCAUCUACCCAGUCCAGUUUUUCCUCCUCCUGGCAAAUCUAUUCCAGUGUCUCCUCUUGCUACUUUUUCCUCUAAAAUUACUCCUAUUUUCAUUCCUCCAAAUAUAUCAUCUGGGAAUAGACUUCGUACACCUUUCAUUCAGUCUGCAACCUGGGAUAUUCAUAUUUCUCCCACUCAACCAUCCAGUCAAACUGCCACUGGACUGCCGCAACCAGAAUAUUCCACGUCAACCACCCUAGAAACAACAUCUUCCCCCACAAUUCUUUCUAUUAACUCUUCAGUCUUGUCUACCACCCUCUCUACUUCUGUUACUGACCCCUCAACUAGCCUACCUCAUGGAAUUACAGAAAACUUUACCACCAGUGACAUAAGUGCCUCUGAAAUUGAGAACAAAGUAUCUCAGAUGGAAAAGUCUUUGGACUCAGACAGCUUGGAGCCUAGCCUUGCAGAGGAAAUGAUCCGUGAAGUGAGCAGACUCCUCCACGCCCCACCAGCCCUACUCAACCCCUUGUCUCAGAGGUUGUUAAAAGUAGUGGCUGAUAUUGGCUUGAAAUUGAAUUUUUCAAACAAGACCAUCAGUUUUACCUCACCUUCUUUGGCUCUGGCUGUGAUCAAAGCCAAUGCCAGCACCUUUGCCAAAACUACUUUUGCUGCCCAAGAUCCUUCAAAUCUUCAGGUUACUUUGGACACUCAAGCCCCUGAAAAUAGUAUUGGUAUUAUUACCCUCCCCACUCAGUUGUUGGACAAUUUAUCAGCUGAAGAGGCAGAGAUAGCAUCCCGAAUCCAGUUCAACUUUUUUGAGACACCUACAUUAUUUCAGGAUCCCUCACUGGAGAAUCUCUCUCUGAUAAGCUAUGUUAUAUCUUCAAGCGUCACUAAUCUAACAAUCAGGGACUUGACAACAAAUGUGACAGUCAUGCUACAGAAUACAAGUCCUAACCAGGAUAACUUAACUGUAAAAUGUGCAUUUUGGGACCUGAGCAAAAAUGGUGGCAGAGGAGGUUGGUCAUCUGAAGGCUGCACAGUGAAAGACAAGAGAAUAAAUGAAACAAUUUGUUCUUGCAACCACCUUACAAGCUUUGGAGUUCUGCUGGACUUGUCCAGAACACCCUUACCACCUAUCCAGAUGCUGGUUCUUACAUUCAUCACCUAUAUUGGCUGUGGCUUGUCUGCAAUUUUUCUUUCAGUUACCCUGGUAACCUACAUAGCCUUUGAGAAAAUCCGGAGGGACUACCCUUCUAAAAUCCUCAUCCAGUUAUGUGCUGCCUUACUCCUCCUGAAUCUAGUGUUUCUCCUGGACUCAUGGAUUGCAUUGUAUAACAUUCGAGGCCUCUGUAUCUCUGUGGCAGUAUUUCUUCAUUAUUUCCUGUUGGUUUCAUUCACUUGGAUGGGCCUAGAAGCUUUCCAUAUGUACCUGGCUCUUGUCAAAGUGUUUAAUACCUAUAUCCGGAAGUAUAUCCUCAAGUUCUGCAUUGUGGGUUGGGGUGUCCCAGCUGUAAUUAUAGCCAUCGUGCUAGCUAUAUCACCCGAUAACUAUGGACUUGGUUCCUAUGGAAAAUUCCCCAAUGGCUCACCUGAUGAAUUUUGUUGGAUCAACAAUAGUGUUGUAUUUUACAUUACCGUGGUAGGAUAUUUCUGCGUGAUAUUCCUGUUGAAUAUCAGCAUGUUCAUUGUAGUACUGGUCCAACUUUGUCGAAUUAAAAAAAAGAAGCAACUUGGUGCCCAAAGGAAAACAAGCAUUCAAGACCUUCGAAGUGUUGCUGGCUUGACUUUUCUACUGGGGAUUACUUGGGGAUUUGCCUUUUUUGCCUGGGGACCAGUUAAUCUCUUGUUCAUGUACCUCUUUGCCAUCUUUAAUACUUUGCAAGGAUUCUUCAUAUUCAUUUUCUACUGUGUAGCAAAGGAAAAUGUCCGGAAACAGUGGAGACGAUACCUUUGUUGUGGCAGAUACAGGCUGGCUGAAAAUUCUGACUGGAGUAGAACUGCUACUAAUGGUUUAAAGAAGCAGAUUGUAAACCAAGGAGUGUCCAGUUCUUCAAAUUCCUUACAAUCAAACAGUAACUCCACUAAUUCUACCACCCUGCUAGUGAAUAAUGAUUGCUCAGUGCACGCAAAUGGGAAUGGAAAUGCCUCUACAGAAAGGAAUGGUGUCUCCUUCAGUGUCCAGAAUGGUGAUGUAUGCCUGCAUGACUUCUCAGGAAAACAGCAUGGGUUUAAUGAGAAGGAAGAUCCUUGUAACAGUAAGAACCGAAUCUCUCUCAGAAGGACUUCAAAGAGGGGGAGCCUCCACUUUGUAGAGCAAAUGUGAUUUUAAAAAAAAGAUUCCCAGCAUGGUGCUGGGUAGUGGGAGAGCAUCAGUCUUAACUUUUACACAAUGUGAGAAGGACAUAAAGUUGACUUAUUUAGUGUUCUGUGUCCUUGGGGAGAACAAAUCCAGGACUGGCAAGGACUGAGGGUUGUGAAAAAAAAAGAACUUCAAAAUUCUGUUAGAGAAGAUCCAUCAGAAACUACAUUGGAGCUCACAUAUGUUUGCAGUUUGGGUCAUCAGUCUUCCUUUUCAAAGAGAGAUGUUUUUUAGCAUUUUUAAAAAAAUACAAUAAUACUAAAUAAAUAUUCUAAGUAGUACCAAUGUAAAACCAGUAACUGAUUACAACUUAGAUGAUGCCUUAUUUCCUUUGUUAUCAUAACAUACAACAGCUGUUAGUUACAGUUUUUGUGAGUUUAGUCCUUCUUGUUGUACAUAAGUUAAAUGCCACGACGAUUAACAUUUUCUUUCUACUUUAAAAAACAAAUAUAUUUAUUUCCUAUAAUGUACAUUUUUUCCCUUUUGUAUAGAACAGUGAUUGUGUUAUUUUGUUUCAAGUUGUAACUUAGGAAAUGCUAGCUGAUUCAGUGAACUCCCAAACUCUGCUCUUUAUUGGCUUAGAGAUUAUACAGUAUGAAAUGCAGCAGAUUAUAUGGGCCCACAUGUCAAGAUGCUGGCUAAACUGAAAUGUAUAAAUAGGCCUAGUUCUUGGUUCUGAUUCAGAGUCCUAAAUUCUGAGACCUGGUUCUCAUCCUUUUAGUCCAGUUUAAAAGUUUAGUUAGAGGAAGGACGAAGCAUAAUGCAGAUCACUUAGCAAAACAAUUCUAAUCACUAAGCAGCUUCUUUCACUGCCACUUGUCAACCCUCUAGGAGCCUUUCAAAAGGAAAGGACAGAAUAAUAUGACUUUUUAAUGGAAAUGUAUAUAAGGAAAAAAUUCCUAGUUACUACUCCUUAGGAGCAAGAUAACUGCAUGGUACACGGUUGACUUUUAAGACUAUUAAGCUCUGGUUUACUCUGAGCUAUAAUUAAUAAAUACAUAUAUAAUAUAUAAAUAUUAUGGGGCAUGUCAUGUCUUAAAGACAGUUGUACAGUGACAAUGGUAAGCAUGAGAUUGAGAAUGGGAGGCUAUCCCAUGAUAUUAUCAAGCCUAUGAAUAUCUAGCCCUGAUUUUUACAUAUUAGAUGGGUUUGCCUUUGCUUCCCACUUAUACUAUCUUGGUUAUUUCCCCGAGUGUGUUCUUAAUAGGAACUAUAUGAAGUCUUUAGUUAGCCCUACCCUCUUACUCCCAUGGGAUCUAUUGUAUAGAUUCACAAUACUUGUAAAAAUGAAUGUGGGGCCACAGGACAAACAAUAAUAAUAGUAUGAUGUAUUUCUGUGAAUGCUCUACUUGUUAAUUGCCUUUGCACUGUUUCUUUAUGUGAUUUAUUUAAUUCUUUUGUAUUUAUAUUUUAAAAUGUUGAAACUGGAAAAAUAAAUUUCAAAUUCCUUUCA